GUGCAAUACACAUCGGGCUGCUACUAUUGAAGGCCUGGUAGAGAUGGGUUGACGAUGGUGUUAUUGAAUCCCUUUGAGAUGGUUGAUGGCGACGGUGGGGAUUAGAGGUUGAUGGCUGUCGAGAAGAAGGGACUAAGAAGGUGGUCAGAAUGCGGUUUUCAUUUGGGCCAAUUUAGUUUUAGGUUGGGCGGGUCAAUAAGGAGGGUUGGGUUGGGUAAUCUAACAAAGCUGGUAAAACUGACGUGGCAUAUCCGGUUUUAUGAUGUGGUAGGUCAAAAUUGGAUGAAUCAACAUUUUUUGUUGCCACGUCAUCAAACCACUAACGGUGUUAAUGGAAACUAACGGAGAGUGAUCAAUCGUGAAACAUUAACCACUUUCAGUGAUCACGAAUGGAAUAAAAUUCUUUUAGUAACCAAACGUGAAUAUUUUAGCACUUUCAGUGGCCAACCUUGCAAUUUACCCUUUUUAUUUGUGUGGAUUGUUGAAACUAGAACAGUUACAAGUAUUGAGAAUUUUUAAUGGGCAACAGUAUGUAUCUGCAUAUAUGUGUAUAAGUUCAUAUUUUAGUAUUCGUACUCAUGGUUACCCGGUGGGUAAGGUAUGGUUAUAUCAUUUUCAUACCCGGUGGUUAUUUGAUCGGGUAUUGUAGAAGACUCUACCCGACGGAUUAGAAGUUGGUAUAGGAUAAACCCGCACCCAACCCUGCCCUACCCUCCCCAUUGCCAUUCCUAUACCUAGUAACGAGUAAUAGACGACUUAUAAAAAAAAGGUCAUGGACGACUCGGGUCUCCUAGUGGUUGGGUAAAAAUAACUACAUUAUCACUGUACCUCUCACAAAAAGUCGAUUUUUUUUAAACAAACAAAAAAGGAAAAAAAGGAGCGCGGCUCUUCCUUUUCGUCUCCUCCUCAAAGCUCCCUCCUGCUCUACCAUGGCGGACUAGUUGCUUCCUGUUCUUCUUCGGCGGACUAUCUAUCCCCAUCAUCCUUCAGCAAAUCUGCACCACCUUCUCUGCUUUUGCGCGUUUUCGAGCUACCAAUUCCACCUCUUAUCUCUUUUCUAAUUCAAGUUUUCGUCGAAUUAUUCAACUAGACCGCACGGUUCUUCUUCGCGUCUAACUGUUCGCUCACGUUUGAAGUUCUAGGGUUCGGGAGCGAGAAGUGAGCGCUGAGGUUACUGGUUUGCUUUGGUCGAGAGUAUUUAUUUUGUUCUUUCGGACGAUCAUUUGUUCUUAGUUCUUACUUUUUGCUCGGUCAUUGAGUCGUGCGUCUCUGCUGCUAUUGUGUGAACCGAGCAGCACUGCGCCGGAAAGCCAACGGUGAGGCUGAGGAGUAGGGACGACCGUGGGGGUAAAAACACGGCAACUGAGGUUUGGGUUGUGGUGGAGAAACUUUUGGAGUUUGUAAGCUGCUGGGAAUUAUUGAGGAGGAUUUCUUCAAGGAUUGAAGAAUUAGGGUUAAGGAGGUUUUGCUAGUUCUCUGUUUGAUCUUUUCGAGCGCGUAUUAGUUAGUUAUGGAUAUUGAUACAGCAGGAGGAAAUGAUGUUGUUAGCUAUUUGGAGCCUGAACUGUUGCAUCUUCCCGAGGUUUCUUCAUUUGAGCUCAAGCCGACUACUCAAAUCGCUGAAGAAUUGUUCUCUCAAUGGCUCUCUCUACCUGACACUAGCCGAUUGGUAAAAGCUUUAAUUAGGGAUGCGAAGGCUGGCCUUCCAAUCAAUCCUCACGGUAUCUCUUCCAGUGGUGGUGCUGGAGGUGGAAGCAAUCCACUGACUAAUGCCAGUCCACCUCCACUUUCCCCCAGGAGUUCCUGUGUUUCUCCACGCACUUUAAAGCAGAAAGUAAGCCCUUUCUCUCUAACGUCUCCCCGGAAGUUGGCUACCGAACCAGCCCAAGAAGUUAUACCUCAGUUCUAUUUCCAACAUGGUCGUCCACCAGCAAAUGAACUCAAGGAACAGUGUAUUUCUAGAAUCAAUCAACUUUUCAACAAUAAUCUCGAUGGGCUGCAUAUAGAUGAAUUCAAACUUGUUACAAGGGAAGUUUGCAAGCUUCCCUCCUUCUUCUCGCCUGCGCUUUUCAGGAGGAUAGAUGCUGAAUGCUAUGGGAUAGUCACAAGGGAUGCAUUUCUAAAAUAUUGGGUGGAGAGCAAUAUGCUCACUAUGGAUAUGGCCACACAAGUCUUUGAAAUUUUAAAGCAGCCUAACCACCGCUACCUAACUAAGUCUGACUUCAAACCUGUUCUGGAAGAACUGCUAGCCACUCACCCCGGGUUGGAGUUCUUACAGGGAACGCCUGAGUUUCAAGAGAAAUAUGCCGAAACUGUCAUAUACAGAAUAUUUUACUACAUCAAUAGAUCAGGAAAUGGGCGUCUUACCCUAAGGGAGUUGAAACGCAGCAAUCUCAUCUUUGUCAUGCAACAAGUUGAUGACGAAGAGGAAAUUAACAAAAUUCUGAGGUACUUCUCUUAUGAGCAUUUCUACGUGAUAUAUUGCAAAUUCUGGGAGCUGGAUACAGACCAUGAUUACUUGCUGGACCGAGAGAAUCUUAUCAGAUAUGGUAAUCAUUGUCUUACAUACAGGAUUGUUGAUAGAAUAUUUUCACAGGUACCGAAGAAGUUUUCAAGCAAUAUGGAAGGAAAGAUGAGCUAUGAAGAUUUUGUUUAUUUCAUAUUGGCAGAGGAGAAUAAAUCAUCUGAACCUAGUCUUGAAUAUUGGUUCAAAUGCAUUGAUUUGGAUGGGAAUGGUGUCUUAACAUCCAGCGAGCUGCAAUACUUCUAUGAGGAGCAGCUGCAUCGAAUGAGUUGCAUGUCCCAGGAACCUGUGCUCUUUGAAGAUAUAUUGUGUCAAAUAGUUGACAUGAUUUCACCCGAGAGGGAAGGUUAUAUCACGCUGCACGACUUGAAAAGAAGCAAACUUUCGGGAAAUAUAUUUAACAUUCUUUUCAAUCUCAACAAAUUCAUGGCCUUUGAAAGCCGUGACCCAUUUCUCAUUCACCAGGAACGCGAGGAUCCAACUUUAACCGAAUGGGACCGUUUUGCACAUAGAGAAUAUGUCAGACUUUCUAUGGAGGAGGAUUCAGAGGCUGUCUCAAAUGGAAACGUAGAAGUCUGGGAAGAAUCUCUCGAGGCUCCAUUCUAGCACACCUGAAUCCAGUUACAUUUCUCAAGAGGUAUUCGUCCGAUAUCGUGAAAUGGAAGGCAAUGGCUACUCAUCAGCUGCAGCAUUCUCGAUCCCACCCCUGAAUGUGUAAAUUUCGUUGGUCUGUGGUGAGAAAGCAGGAAGAAGUCAGUUCUGGUGUCUCCAGAAAAGCAUUGGCGCUAAUCAAAUUGAGAAGCACCAGGCCUCAAUGUAAGAACCAAACUUGGUUUGCAACCUCUGAAGCAAAAACUGCGGCCUUUCCCAGUCGACAACUCACUCGAGAACAAUUUGCGUACUCACGUACCUAUUCAGGUGCCCCAUUUUUGUUUACAACCCCUUGAAUUUUUUUUCAGUCUACUUAUGCUAAGAGGUGGCUGUUUUUCUUCUUAUUUAUGAAAUGUGGAGACUAUUAUUACAAUACUUCUGCCCUCUGCACUCCCUUCAUAUAUUGUUCAGUUUUGGUUCAUUGUCAUGACUGGCGAAUUGGCCUUUUGCACGGCAGUUUUUUCCGUUGGUCAACUAUUGUUCAGCUUACGAAAUAUUAUUGGAAAUAUUACUAGGGUUUUAACAAGUUGAGCGAAUACUUGCAUUCCACAUGAUCUUUGAAUUACCAUAUAUCUCAAACGAAAGUACUAAUCAUGCUUACAAUAAGUCACAAAGUAAAUGGUCAUGUAACUACGAACAUAAAAAGAAAGGUGAAAUCUUCUAAGCCGACUCCUUUUUGAGUUUUGCAAGUUCCUGCCUGACUAGUGAUCCCCUCUGCAAACACACAAAAGAACUUUUCAAUCAGGCCGCUAAUAUAUCAUUACUACCACUAAAUGGCAAUGCAACUA